AUGCCUUACGCGGCCGUCCAGGGAUCGCUCCGCGGCUGCCUCUUGGCGUCGUCCGGACUCCUGUGGUGCAACCGCCACCUCUCCGUCGCCGUCGGUUCCACCGGCGUGCACACCGUCACCGCGCCCGCAUUUACUGGUGAUUGGCACGGCCCAGGCCGCUACGGCAACGGACCGCCCGGUGACUGGGACGGGGACGGCCAUGAUGACCGAACGGAAUGGGAGCGGGGGACACGCACCUGGUCCGGAGGCGUCUACACGGUAACAGGCUGCGAAUGGAACGGCAACCCGUGGGCCGGCGGGCCCGGCGGUUGGGGCGCUGGUGGCGUAGCCGGCUCGCCCUGGGGCCCUUGGGGCAGCGGCUGGAAAUGGAGCACCCUCACGCAGACCAUCACGCAAGUCGUCACCGUCACCAACCCGGCCGGCGUCACGGUGUCGACCUCGGUCGGCCUGGCCGCUGUCGCGCAGGCUGUUAGUGGCGAUCUCACGAGCACCAGCGUCAUUGGCGCCGUGGAUGCCACCAGCACCGGUGCUGGUGGUGGUAGUUCAGGCGCUGCCGGCGGCGGUGGUGCUGGUACCGGAAGCAGUGGUACGUUGGGGAUUAAGGUUAUGGGUGCCGUGCUGGGCGGUGUAGUGGUUAUUGCUGCGUUGCUCUGAGGAGUCUGACCAGCUGCGUCUUUCUGAGCUGGAGGACGGUGGAGGGCGGAGGGGUGGGAAGGUCCUGAGAGCACGGUUGGACACUCCUUGGUUGUUCACGGCUCGUUUUGCGAUGGUUGCUGCGGCUAGUCUUUUCCCCCCCAAGGUGACAAAAUCCUUCUCCUGUAUUUGGAUCAUGACGUUGGGGGGAUGAUGUCUAGGAACAAGUGACGAAGGAGAUCGCAAGGAUGGGCACUGUACCUAGCUCAACCUGAUGACAGAGUUGUUUACUCAUGGCGAAGGAUAUACCCACUGUGUGGUGUUUU